CAGCUGAGGAGGAGCAGGAGGAGGUGGAGGAGGUGGAGAACCAAGCGCAUCAUAAAGUUUGAGGCUGCAGCUGUCCGGACACAAGGAACAUCUUAUUUGGGAUCAGGUGGUGAGUUAGGGAGCUGCAGUGAUUCCUCAGCUUAACCAGGAGCAUCUGAUGACAAUAAGUCUGUUACCAUCCCUCCUGUCAUGUCUACUGAAGGCUGAUGGAAGAGACAGAUAAACAGAUUCUUCAUUCAGUAAACUGAAAAUCAAAUUGGAUGAAGUCACUUUUAUGACUGACAACAAAACACAAACUCACUUUCUCAAAACCUUCUAAAUCAUUUUCUGUCUCGUGUCACUUCUCUGCUUGUCAAGAGAGGCAGCUGUUGAAGAGAUCAUCCCAAAGGGAAACAGUGAAAGGACUUGCUUCAACACUUGACAGCUCUGACCCACUUACCACGCUUCAGCUAGCCCAGCGAAAGGAAAACUUUGCAUCUAGUAGGCAACAUCGGCAAAGAUAAUGUGCUGUUUUAUAUUCAGGGCAAAUGAUCGACUGACUCUCUGAUCUAAUUAGCCACUGUUACCUAGGAUAACACACAAGCAGCCAUAGUGAACACCGUUAACUGCCAAAGAGAGCACUGACCUUGACUGUGACCAGACACGUGUUUGUGUGUGUGUAUUAGUAAGAGGCAGUGUCACGCCCCGUCUGUUCCGAUUGAGAGUGAGAAUGUGAUUUGAUGUGGCAGAGUGACCCUGAUAAAUACUCUAAAAAAAUUUAUUGCCUGAUGGUCGGCCACUCAAAUAAGAGAGCAAUAGAGCUUCAUUGAACUGUUCGGUUACUUCCUCAAAAUGUGUAGCGCUAAAAAAUAGUUCACAUUAUUUGAAUAGUCUGCAUAUGCAUGUGUGUUUCUCACUGUCGGAGCAGAUUAGGGCCAGGCCUGCUUGAGUCAUGUCACUGUUUUAGAUUUGACAGAAUAAAUUGGCCACCAGAGGAGAAGGCAUGUGCUGUGAUCAGAUACACACAUCUUAGAUAAAUCAUUCCUUCUCCACUGGAGCUUGUACUGCAGUCUUAUUGUUCUUACUGAGGCCAUCUAACUUCUUGUUUAUGCCACACGCCCUUCCCCCAACAGAGUGUAAGUGUAAACUACCUUUUUAUUUAGCUUUCUAAUCAAACUCCCAGUCUCCAGUUUGGCCUCUCUCUCUGCACCUGCCCUAAUGAACUCCUUCCCUUCCUUCUCCACCCCUCCUCCCAACACACCAACCAUCCAGUCAGUGUGUAAGCCCUGUCUUCGGGCCCCGUGGAGGAUGAACGAUGUUCCCACACUUGACUAUGAGUUGCUGCUGUCUCCAGCUAGCUCCUCCCUCCCUGGCAGUCCUGGCGGUGGCAGCAGCAGCCCCCCUUUAGCCUUGGUUGGGGUAGACACUGAGCAGCGCACUGCCUUGGCCUUCGUAGGCCUUCUCAUGCUUUUCCUGGUCUUCCUGCUGGUCAGGUGCUUCAGGAUCCUGCUGGAUCCCUACAGCCGCAUGCCUGCAUCGUCCUGGACUGACCACAAGGAUGGGCUGGAGAGGGGCCAGUUUGACUAUGCCCUGGUGUAGGGUGGUGCGUGGUGCCAGUGUCGAAAGGGAAAUAUUUAAUUGCACACUGUCAGAAUCUUUUACAGCAUAGUCUAAUUUAGAAGUGGAGAUGGACAGUAACAAUACAUAGUAUUGUGAAUACAUCCUGACAGUGAUUUACCUGUUGCUGGAGUGUACCUGGUUUAUAUCAUUGUAAUUGUGUAAAUAUUAGGCUGCAGGACCCUAUGUAACCCUAACAAACCUGGUUCAACAAGAGGCACACCCGACAACCCAAACCACAAAGGACAGACAUAAUGAGCUGCACAGCUGCCUUAACCUGAUCUACUGUACCAGGCCAACAUGCCACCACACCACUGCAUCACAUCAGUACUAGGUUUUCUAAAUUCUGCUACCUGUCACACCACCUUCACUCACAACAUAGUUUAGGAUUUCAAAGCUACAUUUUCAAUGAGAACACUCAACACGCAGAACUUAAAUGAAGGAGUUUACACUAAAGCAGGUGCCCCUUUAAUGAACCCAGGCCUUUUACAAAGCAUCUAAGUGCUAAGUGCUGAUCAAGAAGUGCAAAUCCUUAAUCAUUUUGUUUUGAUUUUGGACAGUGAUCCUCGAGUGGCACUGCAGUUCCAGAUGCUUUAUAAGGCCCACGCAGGUAGUUCAUGUCUCCAUAGCGUCUUGUUUGUGUAUGUUUUGCGUGUUACCAUGUCUAUAACUGAGAAGCCAUAUUGAAUCAAUAUAAUCUCUUAUUACUGCAAAUAGAGUUUAUGUACUUUAGUUGUGUCUUUUGCUUUAGUCAGCCUGCCAUGUGGUGAUGAUGCAAACAGCGACCUUUAGGCAAAAGAAAGCUUUAUUUUUCUAUUCUUGACUCAGGUUUAAGAGUCUCCUUUUUGCUAUCACUCUGUUCCCUUCCUCUUACUGUAUUAAUCUUUAGACUGUGGAUUUUUGAGGUAGUCAUGCAGCCACCCACGUCUUAGAAAAAGGCAAGGCAGGUAGCUUUGCCUUUGUGUGCUUUGUAAUUACAUAUUUUUCUGACUAUCUGCUUGGUUUUGAUACGCUGCAUUGAAUCUGUAAAAUUAAAAAAAUUUUCUUCUCCAGUUACUCUUCUCUAAUUUCCACCUAUAUUUGUGUGGAGGGUCCACAUUGUUUGU